CGCAUCUCAAUCUGCUGUCACUGACUUUAAAAUAAGUCGCCAGAAGGCAUGGACAGGGAUAAUGUUGUGACAGUUUUGAUUUUCCUGGCGCUUUAUGGACAAUGUCAUAGUCAGCGUUGCCCACUUGACUGGAUGGAUGGUCCAUUGAAACAAAACUGCUACUAUUUCGGAGUCGGCGUACCCAGAAAAACGUGGUUUGCCGCACGAGACCACUGCCGGUCAUUCCAGGCUGACCUUGUCAAAAUUGAUGACGUCACAGAAAAGACAUGGCUGCUCGAGAAAAUCAAGCAGUUAGCAAAUACGUACCCUGGAGAACAGGAGUUCUGGGUCGGGCUGACAAACACGGGAGAGAAUCAGACAAUAUGGAGCUGGCCGGACGGAUCCGUCCUCCCCACCAAUCUCCUACGGUGGGGAUCGGGUGAGCCAAGCGAUCCCGUCACCGAGAGAUGUGCCGAGAUCUGGGAUAAUUUACUCAACGACAAAUCCUGCCUCACGCCAAUUGAGUAUGUAUGUGAGCGAUCCAAAUCGAUACCUUUGACAUGUGAUGUGGAUGAUGGCUGGCAGUAUUACUCCGGGGCUUGUUACAAAUAUAUACCGGCAUACCGGCCGUACAAUCAAGCGAGACGAUCUUGCAUGGAUAUGGAUGCGAAUUUGGCUACAGUCACAAAUGACAACGAACAAAGGGCGGUGAACCAUAUGGUUUCCUCUGUAACAAGCUCUCAGAACGCAUGGAUUGGUCUACACAUGGUUGAUAAUUCUUGGGUUCUUACCAACAACACCAGGCUUUCUCCUGCGUCCAUGCAGUACUGGCAAAGUCGGCCUGACUUAAGCACUGAUAGCUCACUUUGUGUAGCAAUCAACGCUACGGCCGUAGGCGACAACUCUUGGUACGCCGAGGACUGUGACCAGGGCAUGUCAUAUGUAUGUCGGAAACCAGAAGGUAUUUGUCCAAGCGGGUUUGACCAGCAUCAGUCCAAAUGUUACUUACCCGUAUUGGCUCCGGACACGUGGUACAGCGCCAGUGCCUACUGUGCUGAUCUGGUCAGCGGUGGACGCCUUCUGGACAUUAGGAGUUCAACAGAAAAGUCUUUUCUGAUCAGCUAUAUGAGACAGGCGAAGAAACGUGGUAUGGACAGAACGUGGAUUGGUCUUUCGCGUAUUUGUCCAAGCGGGUUUGACCAGCAUCAGUCCAAAUGUUACUUACCCGUAUUGGCUCCGGACACGUGGUACAGCGCCAGUGCCUACUGUGCUGAUCUGGUCAGCGGUGGACGCCUUCUGGACAUUAGGAGUUCAACAGAAAAGUCUUUUCUGAUCAGCUAUAUGAGACAGGCGAAGAAACGUGGUAUGGACAGAACGUGGAUUGGUCUUUCGCGUCGCAACAAUGACGGCUCAUGGACGUGGACCCAGAACGAGAUGGAUCAGCUUACGUACUUUAACUGGGCCGCUGGAGCAUCUAGCAGAAGUUCCUCUGGGCUCACAUGCGUGUAUAUGUACACAGAUGACAGUAACGGUAAAUGGAGAUCAGAUUUAGAUUGUGAACAAAACAUUCCAUAUGUAUGUGUGACGAGCGUGGGCCGGGCACUGAUGACCACCACCACUACAACUACAACUACCACUACAACGACGCCGACGCCGACGCCAGCGCCAACAAGCGACGUCCCUAUACAGACGCCUCAACCAAGACCAGUCCCAACACUAGCACCAAAACCAACUACAAGUUCAACGACGUUACUACCCACGACUUUUGCCGACAGAUCCACCAGUUCAACGACGAAAAAGCGAACUUGGAUUACUGCUGAAAAUCACUGCAAAGCCGCUGGGGGCCACCUUCUCAGCAUUCGUGGGGCACAUGAGCAGUUUUAUAUAGCAGGUAGAAUUCGUUCGAUGAGAUCGAGCAAUCUCUGGAUUAGCGCUAAUAGUAGGAAUGACGAGGCAGGCUGGGAAUGGUCAGAUGGGUCACCGUUUGGUUUUAUUAACUGGGAGCCAGGUCAACCGGACAGCAGUGAUAACUCUGAAGACUGUGUUAGUCUGAUUGUCAAGACAUCGAGAUGGGAAGACAACUCUUGCAAUGAGAAAAAUGGAUUUAUCUGCAAGAAAUAUGCUGUGCCCCCAUCUACUAUCCAGCCAAAAAGCCCGACCAUUGGACCCAUUCCUGGUGACGAUCAGUAUUAUGGAUGUCCGGCUGGAUGGAAAUCCUAUCAACACUCUUGUUUCAUGGUGAAACGGACACGAAAAAUAUGGGUUGAUGCACAGAAUGAUUGCCGUUCUAUGGGCGGGGAUCUCGCUACAAUCAACAACGAAGAUGAACAAAAUUUUCUUGUUAGCCAGCUACCCAAAUCGCAUUGCUAUAAUUUGUUCCACAAUGACACGCAAUGUGAUAAGUGGGCGGCACAAGGGGAGUGUUUAGCAAACCCUAGAUGGAUGGCUACACAUUGUCAUCUGGCCUGUAAAAUCUGCAUACAGGAUUGCAAAGAUCUCUACAAUACAAUAGAAUGUGCACGCUGGGCCAAAAUCGGGGAAUGUGAUGUGAAUCAUGAUUGGAUGCUAAAGCAGUGUCCUCUGUCCUGUGGUAUCUGUGAUAGCGUAAUUUACGGGGGAUUCUGGAUUGGUCUAAAUGAUAGAGCAGAUCACAUGACCUUUCAAUGGAGCGAUGGAAGUAGAGUGAAAUAUACAUACUGGUCGGAGAAUGAGCCGAACAACUACGGAACAAAACGCGAGGAAUGUGUCGGCGUAUAUUUACAGGACGGAAAGUGGAACGAUGCUCAGUGUGACAGUCUACUACCAGGAUACGUUUGCCGCAAACAAAAAAGUCUCUUGCCAAAGACAACACCAUCUCCCCUGGGAGUCGGCUGUAUAAAUGGAAGUAUUGGAUACAGUGCUUAUUGUUACUCCUUCAACUACGAUAACCAGUCUUGGAAAGAUGCAGAGAAUUCUUGUCAACAGGAUGGGGGACACCUUGCUACUUUGAAUGACAGAUAUGUGCAGUCUUUCAUUGCUAGCCAAAUAGUCGGAAAGAACGGUUCAUUUUGGAUAGGUUUGUCGGACCAGGAUAAUCCUGGAACAUUUGUGUCAUGGAACAGCGGUACCCAAUUAUCUUUCACGCACUGGGGAACCAUGGAUACAGGUAAGGAAGACGCAGCGUGCGUUGCUAUGGCAACCAGACAUCCGGUGGGUAUGUGGAUGAAGGAAGAUUGUUUUAGGAUGAGUUGGUAUAUCUGUGAAUAUCCAAGGACUGGUUUCACCACUACAACUACAACCACUGUUAGUACAACAACAGUCUCACCGCCUACAUGUGCCGAAGGCUGGUAUAACUUCACAGAUAAUUGCUACAAGAUUUUUACCGGAAGUGAUAAGUUGCCAUGGUUAAAAGCACGUUCCAAGUGUCGACAAUAUGGUGGGGAUCUGCUAAGCGUUCACGGCAUUGCCGAGGAAGAUUUCAUAUUCGGAACGUUGAUGACGCGAUGGAUGACCAUUUGGAAUGGACUGAAUGACAGAGACUUCGAAACCGGAUACACAUGGUCGGACGGAACUCCUCUAGACUAUACCAACUGGUAUGUUGGUGAACCUAAUGAUGCCAUGCACCAGGAGGACUGUGUGGAAAUGCCUGCGUGGUCUCGCCAAUGGAAUGACAACAAUUGCUACCUCGCUAAAGACUUUGUGUGUAAAAUAAAGAUAGGUUUUCCUGUGAUAGAUGUCGAAAAUCACACAGAUAUAUAUACUACAGAGACCUGCGGGAAAGACAGUGAAUGGGUUUUCCACAACGGCUUUUGCUAUAAUCACGUGAUUCAAGUAACCGAACCUGUCACGUGGUAUGAGGCCAGGAACAGUUGCCAAACGAACAACAGUUAUCUUGUUAGCAUCCAUUCACAAGACGAGACUAACUUUCUAGUGUCAUUGAUUUCGAUGACCUCUGAGAUCGGUAUGCAGUGGAUUGGACUAAAUGAACUUCAGCUUGAUGGUUACAAGUGGACGGAUGGAACGCCUUUGGAAUAUAUUCACUGGAAUCCGCAUGAACCAAGUGACAACAGUGGAGGGGAGCGAUGUGUAGGCAUUAAUGACGGGCGAUGGCAGGACGCAAAUUGUAAUCAGAAAUUGAUUGGAUACGUAUGUAAGAAGCCUAACAACAGCGCCGCUAUUGCUACGCCACGCCCAUCACCUCCUCCUCUGUUUGGGGCGGGAUGUCCCCAGGGCUUCAUACCAUCAACAAUAAAUGACAAAUGCUUUUACAUCUCAAGCAAUAACGAUGGGGUUCAGCAUUAUGAUCAGGCUAACACGAAGUGCAAGGAAAAGUAUCCGGGAACACAGCUGAUUAGCAUAAAGAGCGCCAGAGAACAAGCCUUCCUGUUGGGUCUCCUUGGGAACACGGAACACAGAGAAUCAACCUAUUGGAUUGGGUUGUCUGAUCGUGUAAGUUACGAUGGUGUGUAUUCAUGGGAGGACAACUCUCAAGUGACCUAUACGAACUGGGAUCAAGGCGAACCGAACGACGUAAAUGAAAAUUGCGUUGAAAUAUACAACAUUGGAAAUAAAGCAGGGAAAUGGAAUGAUGUUCCAUGCUGGAAGUCCCUGAAGUUUAUAUGCCAGACCAAAAAAUCAAUUCAUCUCCCGACUCUUCCUCCCGUGUCUCAUGCAGAAUGCCCUCAUGGAUACACAUGGUCUUUUGGUAGCUGCUACAAGCUAGUGCAAUCGGACAUGACUUGGGAAUCGGCACGAACAACAUGCCAAAUAGACUCGGCGGAUUUAGUUUCGUGUAGUAGCGUGUAUGAACAGGCUUUCAUAGAAAUGUUCACAACCGAGCUCAAUUCUCUGCCUUUUUGGAUCGGUUUGGUGAAGAGCAAGGAUACUGAAGACAUGGUUUGGUCGGAUGGAUGGCCGAUGGAAUAUACAAACUGGGCCGAAGGUCAACCAAGCCAAUCACAAGAUAAAACGUGUACAGUUUCUCAGAACAACCGCUGGAAGACGUCAGCUUGUGAAUUAAAAAUGCCAUUUUUAUGCGAAAAAAGCUUAACCGAACCGCCGACAACCCCGGUACCUGGUGCAUGUCCUGAUGGUAUGCAUUCACACAUGCAUAUGUGCUACUUCGUUGAACUGAUGAACCCGUUGUCAUGGUUAUACGCUAGGGAUGCCUGUGUAGAGAAAGGGAUGCAACUAGUGAGUUUGCGUGACUUUAAUGAGGUGAAUUACGUGAAGGGUCUCGUAGCCCAACUGUCCGCUGAUCAGAGUCCUAACGUCUGGAUAGGUUAUAGCCGGCUGGCUGACAAAGGGAGACGACGACGAGAUUAUUAUUACCAGUACGACUACGAGGAUAGCAUGAGCGAUUUCCUGGAACCCCCUGAUCUGGGAGUCGCCUUCCAUUGGGAGGAUGGCUCACCUAACGGGUUUGAGAAUUGGAAUGAUAACGAACCUUCGUCUGCCUGGAACAGCGAAGAUGAGCAAUGUGUUGAAAUGUACAGCAGUGGGCGCUGGAACGAUUUGAAUUGUAAAGCUUACAACCGGCCUUACAUCUGUAAAGGACCUACAAGAUUAGAAAUGCAGACAACUACUUUUGCACAGCCUGAAACACAGGAAACAACAGAGACGGAAACAGGAUCUACAGUAACGGAGUCAACUGACCAAAAAUCGACAAGCUUACCGGAAGUCUCAACUUCCUCUGAAAACAACCCGAUGCAUCAUUUUGCGAGAAGAACCAACCCUCUACCACAUAAAAAAACUGACACUGGCUUAUCGGCUGGAGAAAUAAUCGGCAUCGUUAUAGGUCUGAUUGGAUUAAUUCUGAUGGGGGUGGCAGCCUUUUUUACCACCAGACAGCUUAUGAGCUCCACCUACAAUACAAAAGGUUGGGCUUUUACAAACGCCCUCUAUCGGCGGUCAGCAGAUAGUGUGUCUAUGACGGAUGAUAACACUCUUACCGGAUCAACUAUCAAACUUUGUACGCUAAAGAAAUGAUAACACCAUAUAUAGAGGUGUGAAUAUUUCAAUAGUGACGGGUGUGUUAUUGUGAUGACAAAGGACAUGAGUGUGUGACAGAGAAGUUAUCAUUCCUUUUGCCAGAAUCACUAUGAGCAUUUACGCUGUCGUGUGAUUGAAAUGGAAAUGGAUAUAUAUGGAAUGGAAGGGUAUAGAUGUGUCAGAAUUUUCUCCGUACUGCGUAUUCGCCCCAGUUUCUGUAAAGUUUAGAUAGAGAAAUUAUAUUAUCAAUUAUAUUUUGUUCAAUAUAAUUAUAAGAUCCUCAUGUACUUGAAACAAAUACCCUUUAUAGAUGAAUGGGCUUGGAGAUUGUUUAUCAAAGUUAAUUAACUCCCAUACUUCUUAGCGUGGAAUAAAAUCAUGUUUGCUUGAAAAGAUGUUCAGAUGAUAUGAAUAUUUUACUGUAACUAACCCUCAGAGGCUGAAGGGCGAAGCCCAAAAUAGUCAGAUAUGAUAUAAUUUUCGUAUCUUCUUAUUAAGAACCAGAGCUGCUAGGAUCAUGUUACAUCUUCAGUAAGAAAUAUGUACGGUAGAUAUUUUGACUAAAUGUCGGUUUUUAUUGUUUUUGACACUUUGAACAAUAUGUUUGUUUAUGUUUUGAAAAUUAUUAAAACUAUGGUAAUCAUGAAGCUCCACGUGCCUCUUCUUAUAUAAUACUUCUUUAAUGUAUUCUGAAAUUAGCAUUAUACGAGUAUAAUGUAUCCCAAAUUACAGAAAUGUAUACUUUAAAUAUUGUAUGCAAUGUAUCAUUUAGUGAUUCAAUGCAUCAUUUAUUGAAUUCAGAAUGAUACCUAUACAUUUUUAGUUUAUGAGAAUUUAAAAUGUGUUGUUAUCCAUAUACAAUCUGUAGUUUGAUAAACUUAUAAAUAAGUUGAUUCAUAUGGUAUAGACUAAUGUGCAGUGUGUUUGUGUGUGUGCAUUUGCGCAAGUGAGCAUGUGAGUGGAAAUUGUCUGAAAACAGUUUAAAAGCAGGAAAAUCUUGAUUACAACAUUAAAAGAAAGUACACAUGGAA